AUGAACACCGCCGCCUCAAAGCUCCGCCAGGCCCUCCAGGACCCUAACGCUUUCAUAACCGCCCCUGGUGUCUACGACGGUCUAUCGGCCCGUAUAGCCCUCAAUGUCGGGUUUGACGCUCUCUACAUGACUGGCGCCGGUACCGCCGCCUCCGUCCAUGGUCAAGCAGACCUAGGAAUCUGCACGCUCAAUGAUAUGCGAGCGAACGCUGAAAUGAUCAGCAACCUCUCGCCAUCAACUCCAGUGAUAUCAGAUGCCGACACUGGAUAUGGCGGUCCAAUCAUGGUCGCCCGUACCACAGAACAGUACGCCCGCGCAGGCGUAGCAGGAUUCCACCUCGAAGACCAGGUACAAACAAAGCGAUGUGGGCACCUCGGCGGGAAGAUUCUAGUGGACAGUGAUACAUAUGUCACUCGAAUCCGGGCUGCUGUGCAAUCCCGCAAGCGCAUUGGAAGCGAUAUCGUGAUCAUCGCACGCACAGAUGCCCUUCAGGUAAACGGCUACGAAGACAGUCUCGCGCGGCUGCGGGCGGCUCGCGACGCUGGUGCAGAUGCCGGUUUCCUCGAGGGAAUUUCCUCCAUCGAAAUGGCGCGUCAGGUGGUAGCUGACCUCGCGCCUUGGCCGUUGCUUCUAAACAUGGUGGAGCAUGGCUCUACCCCGUCCAUUACUGCUGCUCAGGCACGCGAGAUCGGGUUCCGAAUGAUCAUUUUCCCUUUUGCCGCGCUAGGCCCCGCUUGUACAGCCAUCCGGGAGGGGAUGGAGAAACUCAAGCGCGAUGGUAUACCGGGAUUAGACAAGGAGUUGACGCCGCAGAUGCUGUUCCGGGUGUGCGGGUUAGAUGAGAGUGUUAAGGUGGAUGCGGCCGCGGGCGGGGCUGCUUUCAAUAGCGGAGUAGACCUCAAGUAG